CGCACGCUCAACUUGAGGUAUUCCAUACAGUGCACUUCCCUUGCUAUAGAUCUUGCGAAAGCGAGUGCACACUUACGCUACCAUCACACCCCCCACACACCCGUCUGAUCAUGACCCGGGGUCGCAUGAACCCUCCUUGCCUUCAACCAUUCAAGCGCUGGGGAUACAAGGAUGUGGACACAUGAGGUUCUCAUUAAGGGAAAACGCAUGGCGAGGCUGGCGAUAAGGAUGCUAGAAAAGGGGCCUGAGCUGCCGAUGCAUCUGUCCUCUGAACGACCGAGGCAAAUGUGGCGAGGUCUAGGUGGGGUGGCCUACUGCGUUGGUCCCUGUCCCAGCAACUCGUCUUUGCCAGAUCAUCCUCGUAUGUGGCCCGAGCUCAGCCUCUCAACGCAUGUUCUCACAGCUCUGCCCCAAAAGAGGAGCUGCAUCCUCAUUCAAGUCCGGGCCCCAAUGCCAUCCCAUUCUCUUAUCCGUAGGUAAUACAACCCACCUCUACUACAUAUGUAUUGCCACCGGGAGUACCAACCGCUGGGUCACGACAGCACUUACCUGAGCAUGCUUAUUUGCACGAACAUGCAUAGGGCUCACAGCUUACAUCCAAACUUCUUUAAAGGACUGUUCUCCGAGAAGACAUCUAGCCACACCGAAGUCAUCUACCUGACCAAAUCAAUUCACUCACAAGGAAAGAGAAAGAAGCAAGGGUCGAUGAAUUAGUUGACAGUUUGCUAUGUCUGAUUACCACAUUCAAGUCUAACCUCUCCUUCGUCCGCAGAUUCCUU